CGGCGCCUCGUCUGCCUUCUCUUUGCAAGAUCGCACGCAGCCACACAUGGCCUCGUCGUCAUCAGCGGCGCCGUCGCUGCUCGAAUGGUCCGCCUCUCUCUCCUCGGCAUUGCAGCGCAUCCCCUGGUGUGCCUUGCCGGGCCAUGCAUUUCUCUAUAAGCUGCACCACGACGCUUCCUCGCACGAGCUCUGCCUGCUCCUGCAGCCCCUGGCGCCAGCGCCCGCGCUCUUCGAGGGCCUCUCGAGAUCGUCGGCUCUGCGGCGCGCUGAGAGACAGUCGGGCGUCAUUGAGGAGGUGGAAAUGAGGGAGGCUUGGCGGAAAGAUGUGCAGCGGUUGAAAGUGGCGCUGCAAGAGGGAGAAGUGCAGUGUGAAGCCGCCAGGACGGACGCGACGCUGCGCAUCUCGCACGCAGAGGGAGGAGAGACGUUUCGCUUCUCCUUCAUGCUCGACGCCCUCUCUUCGCGCGACGCAAACGACGCAUGGCGCGUGCACUUCCUCGCGCCCCUGCUGCGACUCGAGGCAGAUUCCGAGACGCAGCAGCUUCAAGCGGCGGUGCUGCGCUUACAGCAUGGCAUCGAGGGUGACGCAAGCUCUUUCUCUACGAGGAGGAAGGAACGACGCAGUGAAGCACCCCGGACUGGCGAGGCAAGCUCGUCGCGCAUGACUCUGCAACGACCUCGCGCCUCUCGUCUGCCCCACAACGCAUCCGACGACUCCUUUGAAGACCCUUCUCCCACUCCUCCGCCUGCAGCAGCGUCCUCCGCCGUUCCAAGCCCGCUCCCUUACGCCUCUCUUCUGCCCCCAUCUCUCGCCGCGCGCGCCGCCGAUCCUGAUCCCUCUGCGCCACUGCCCGUGCCGCUUCUCCCACCGCCAAAGGUCAAGCCCCGACUGCGCGCGCCGCGCAAGAGAGGCGCGUCGGCGGAUGAGUUCGAGGAGAUGAGCGAGACGGAAAGCAGCGCCACCGAGUCCUCGGAGGGCGAAGCUGCGCCUGCUGCGUUGAAGCGCAGCGCAAGCACGAGCGCAGAGCCGCAAGAAGGGGAAGCCUCACCGGCCAAACUGCGCCGCCUCGAGUCGAGAGAUGCCUCGCUCUUAGGUCUGCCAAGUCCUUCGCCUCCCAGUCCCAGUUCGCGACGCAGCAGUCUCGCAUCGCCCAGCGGCGCCGAUGCUCCGUCCAGCGCGCGAGCUCCUCCACCGUCGCCUCCUCCUCCCGGACCUUCUGCGCCGCCAUCGCAGUCGCCAGCGAAGAGGACGGAGGGACACUCGCAAGCCGUACCAGGACAGGCGGCGACGAGAGGAGGAAGGGGAACGGGAUAUAGAAGGGGAGCGGGCAAGAGACGGGCUUUCUGAGGCUCCUCGCAGUGUCGCAACUGGAUGCAAAGGCUAUGCGAUUUGCGGCGAACAAAGUGGGGGGUAUCGAAGAGCAGGAGAAUCGAGCGCUCAGGCGAAGAGCGAAGAGGGAUGGUGAAGGCCAAGGGAGAUAGGAAGGCGCUUGGAGCCUCACUGCUCGUCGAUGCACCCAAUGCAAGUCUGCACAAGCAGCGGCACGUCGUUGGCCUGCAAUGCCGCCUGCAUGGCUGCACGCGUUUGAGA